AUGGUGGAAGCCGAGCGCGCGGCGAAAGCUGAGGCUGAGUGCAAGCUCAGAGCUGACGUUGAGUGCAAGCUCAGCCGCCUUGAAGGCAUGCUGCAGGAGGCACUGGCGGAGCAGGUUCUGAGCACGCUGGAGGCCGACUGCAAGGCGACAGUCAAGGCCGAUCGCUCGGCCGAGCACUUCAAAGGCAUGCUGCAGGAGGGUGAGAGCAAGGCACAGGCUGGUCGCAAACUCACUGUAUGGUACGGCUCAGUUGUCCCGCACGCUAUGUCGAAUGAGGCAGCAGGCGCGUUGCAGCAGGCAGAGUUAGUGAUCGAGCUGAUUUUCGGCUUCUUGCAGUCGGAGCCCCGCAGACGCUCGGAAGAGUCGCGGGAUACCAGGCCCGAGGCUACCAUGGCGUUCUUGGCCAUCCCCGGGUACAGCAGCUACACGCCCCAGAGCUCGCAGAUUUUCGGCAUCCUCGAGACCCUGCUGGAAGACUUCAAGGCCAACCUCGCAGACGCGCAGGCGGCGGAGGAGAAGUCCGUGGCAGACUUCGAGGCCCUGAAGAAGGCGAAGGAGGAG